UUCGACGAUUUGCGAAUAUUUUAUUUAUUUAUUUGUCUGAAAAUAACUAAAAUUUAACAGAAACAAAAUGAAAAUUAUUGCGUUGGUUUGUGUGCUCUUUGCCUUCAUCGCUAUGGCCUAUUCGGCGAGCACAACCUGGGGCGUACAAAACACCACUGACACUAUUGUCCUGAACCAAAAUAUACAAUACCCAGCUGUUCGCAAUGCUGCGCAGACGCUGUACUUCAAUGUUCCAGCAUCGUAUCAAAGUAAUAGCAAAGUAAUCAGCGCUAUUUACCUGCAAGAUCAAUUUAAAAAUAGCUCUGGCCCAACAAACACUUUGGUUUGGGGUGGCCCCGGCUGGACUUUCGCUACUAUUCAAAUGAGAACUCAAUCUAGCUAUGGUCUCAAUGUAACUUUUCUUGUUUAUGGCAGAUAAACAAAUAAUAAAAUGAACGAGAGUGAUGAAAAAAGUAUAUGUAUGUUUUAUACCUAUAGCGUUGGGAAAGAACUU